UCAAGGGGCGCAAGCGCCGGCGGCCCUGCCGCGCGGUGGCUGCCGGGUGCUGCACGCCUUCCCUUUUCUCGCCUCUCCCUUUUACCCCCGCUCCCAUCCCCGCCCCCACGGCAGCUCCGCUCCUUGGCGUGACUCGGCAUUGAGAGCCCCGGGAGAAGACGCCGCGGUUGCUACCUCCUCUGACCAGGCCUCGGCCUUCCUGAGCCUCCCUCCUUCCUCUCCCGGGUCUUUUUCAGUUUUGAAGCCGGUGGCUUCGCGGCCGCCCUGCCGGACUUCUGAGAAUGGUGGGUGUGAAGCCGGUCGGGAGUGACCCGGAUUUCCAGCCGGAGCUGAGCGGCGCGGGCUCCAGACUCGCCGUGGUCAAGUUCACCAUGCGAGGGUGUGGACCGUGUUUAAGGAUUGCCCCAGCAUUCAGUUCUAUGAGUAAUAAGUAUCCACAAGCAGUAUUCUUGGAAGUAGAUGUACAUCAGUGUCAGGGAACAGCUGCCACCAACAAUAUAUCAGCAACACCUACAUUUCUGUUUUUUCGAAACAAAGUGAGAAUUGAUCAAUAUCAAGGAGCAGAUGCUGUGGGACUAGAGGAAAAAAUCAAGCAGCACUUAGAAAACGACCCUGGAAGCAACGAGGACACAGAUAUUCCAAAAGGCUAUAUGGAUUUAAUGCCUUUUAUUAACAAAGCUGGCUGUGAAUGUCUUAAUGAAAGUGACGAGCAUGGAUUUGACAACUGUUUACGAAAAGACAUGACCUUCUUGGAAUCUGAUUGUGAUGAACAGCUACUUAUUACCGUGGCAUUCAAUCAGCCUGUUAAGCUUUAUUCAAUGAAAUUUCAAGGGCCGGAUAAUGGUCAGGGUCCUAAGUAUGUAAAAAUUUUUAUCAAUCUACCCCGGUCUAUGGAUUUUGAAGAGGCAGAAAGAAGUGAGCCAACUCAAGCUCUGGAACUAACAGAGGAUGAUAUUAAAGAAGAUGGUAUUGUCCCACUUCGUUAUGUAAAGUUUCAGAAUGUUAACAGUGUAACUAUAUUUGUUCAGUCCAAUCAAGGUGAAGAAGAAACAACAAGAAUUUCAUAUUUUACUUUUAUUGGGACUCCAGUCCAGGCAACAAAUAUGAAUGACUUCAAACGAUUGGCAAAAAAGGAGAAAGCCACUAAGGUACAAAAGACACUGGAAGACCAUAUUGCAAUCAGAUCUACAGCUCCUGGAUAAUUGCUUGAUUCUCACCAGAGACUUUCAAUAUUUCAUUCAUUGCCAUUACCAAUAAAUCAUUGCUUUUGUUCAGAUGGUAUCACUAGUGUUUCUCUUGUAAUCUUAAUACAUGCAGUUGUAAAUAAAAGUAACUACUUUUGCCAAGCUUAAUUUUUGUUGUUCUAAGUAUUUUCCCUUUCCAUUUGUUUGAAAAUUGACCAUCUUCUGAUUUUAGCAGAGACAUAAGUGUCUGGUAGGUAGCAUGCUGAUCAAAAGCCAGUUUCUCUCUCAGAGGAGCGGAACUGUUGUAGGGAAUUAAGGAGUGCGUGUGCGUGCGCUCACGUGCACACACACAGCAAGUGAUUCUCAUAAGUGGACUUGGAACAGCUAACCAUGUUCCAGUGAGUGAGUAACUCACAUGUUUGUUAAACAGCAUUUGGGUAUCUGGGCUAUAGAAAUUACUCAAAUUAUAAACUACCAGAAUUAAAUAAGUUUAAUGAGAUUUAACUGUUCUUACCUAAAACUAUUAGUUAAUGGGACCACAGAUUUUAAACCCUAUUGGAUAAACUUCUAAAAUUUGAGUUAUUUUCUUUACUAGUAGAGGUAUGUUGAAAUCUGACAGUAGGGAAUAAUACAGUACUAUGAAUUCAUGAAGCAACAGGAAUUGAUCUCUUUUAAUCAAGUAUUUAAUAUUUUAACUACCAAAAGAUACAGUGUAAAUAUACAGAGAACAUGGGUUAAGGUUGAAAAUGAAUUAGCCACAUAUAUAUGUUUAAAAGGUCUUUCACAA